AUGUUACUUUCGCGUCAUACGUGUUUUAAGAGUCGUCGCUUUUUAUAAAGGGAAUUAAAAAUUUUUUUUUUGUCGUCGUCAAGAAGUAAUUAAAGUGUUUUUUUUUUUUCGUAUAUCUCGUGUAUACCGUUCGUUUAUUUAAUGAAAGUGACUUAAAAAUAAAAUAUAACCGUGCGUUGUCCGUCCGUUUUUUUUAUUGAAAAAAAAAUCACAAUUUCUAAAUUUUAUUAAGGGAAAAUAAUAUUGACACUUUAUUACUAAAAAAUUUAAAAAUAUUUUUUUAACGGGAUAAAAUCGCGAUUUUAAUUCUAAAUUGUACUACUUAUUCAGGCAUACAAAUAUACAUAUAUUUGUAUGGAAUAGAAAUACGUGUAUAUACGUACAAAUUUAGUAAAAAAAAAAAUUCGAUCAAAUUUUGACAGACGAAUAAUUUUUUGGUUAUAAAAAAAAAUUCCGUUGUCGUAUGCGUAAAAAUCAGUUCAAUUUUUUUUCUCUGUGUUUUUUUUUUCUUUUAUAAAUUUUUAUUGAGAAAAAAAUUUCAAAUCUGAAAUUCAUAAGAAGUGAUCUAUGAAUUAAAAAAAAAAAUUUUAAAUACUUUCCUUAUAUAUCUAUAUAACAAUUAUAUUUGUGUUUAUAAAUUGUAUAUAGUAUUUAAAUAUUAAAUCAUUCCGAAACAACCAAUAUAUAAUAUUUUAAUUAAUUUAAACUCAUUUAUUAAAUAUUAAUAGAAAAAAAAAGAAAUAUAGAAAAGUGAUAUACAAUAUACAUACAUAUAAUUUAAAUUAUAACAAUUAAUAAAAUUAUACUUACACAUAUAACACAUUUAAAAGUUACUUAAAAUUUACAACACAAUUUACAAUAAAACUAUAUAUAGAGCAAUAGAAAGAGUAAGAAAUAAAAAUCAAAGUGUUUAUUUAUUUUGUCACAUGGGAAUUCAUGGGAAUUUCCUCAAAACCCUUUUUAAUUUAAAAUUAUACACAAUAUGAACUUAUAAUAUAAGUAUAUACAUAUAUGUACUUAGGUACUAUAACAUUUUUAUAGUAUAUAACAAAUAUAAUAUAUUCAUAAUAUAAAACUUAUACUUCCAAUUAGAUUAAUUGGAAAUAUAGAGGCAGCAGUACUACCAUAUCAAAAAAAAAAAAAACACAUAAUAUUCAACACAAAAUAUAAAGAAAUAAUAGUUAUAAUAAAAAAAAUAAAACAAAAAUUCAAGGAUUAAGAAAGAAAAAUUUCCACUUACCAAACAAAAAAAAAAAAUAGCAAACUAGAAUCAUUAAAAAUUCAUUCAUUUAUAAUCCAAUCAUAGGAUAGUAGGAGCUAUAGUAGUAAAUUAUAAAAAAAAAUAAGGAAAAAUUAAUUUAAUUAAAUUUCAUUUAAUAUUGGAAUAUUUUUUAAAUCAAUAAAAAAUAAAAGAAGAGAAAAAACAGGAAUAAAUUCUACUUUCCUCCGAAUAUUGCAAUUUGUUCUAAUACCAAAAAUUGCAAUAUUGAAAAAAAAAAAAAUUCGGAAAAUCAAAAAAAAUUUCGGAAAAUUUUGGAUUUGACUCUUAUUUUAUUUAAUAAUCAGUAAAUAUCGAAAAAAAAAUAUAACAUAAAAAAAUGGGGAAUUCAUCGUCUCAUACACAUGAACCUCUUGAUAGAGGUUUUACACGUGGAAAAUUUGGAGAUGUUAAAAAUCCGAAAGCGGCAUCAUUUAGAUUUGGAAAACGUUCACCAAAGAAAAUGGAUCGAUUAAGACGUUCAUUUCGUGAUUCAUUUCGUCGAAGAAAGGAACAUGUACCAGAAUCAUCGAAACCACAUCAAUGGCAAUCUGAUGAACAAGCAGUACGUUCUGCAACAUGUUCAUUUCAAGUUAAAUAUUUAGGAUGUGUUGAGGUAUUUGAAUCUAGGGGUAUGCAAGUAUGUGAAGAAGCUCUUAAAGUAUUACGAAAUUCAAGACGGCGACCAAUUCGCGGUCUACUACAUGUCAGUGGUGAUGGUCUUCGUGUUGUCGAUGAUGAUACAAAAGGUUUAAUAGUCGAUCAAACAAUUGAAAAAGUCAGCUUUUGUGCACCAGAUCGUAAUCAUGAACGCGGUUUUAGUUAUAUAUGCCGUGAUGGUACAACAAGAAGAUGGAUGUGCCAUGGAUUUUUAGCAAUAAAAGAUUCUGGUGAACGUUUAUCUCAUGCAGUUGGCUGUGCAUUCGCUGUUUGUUUAGAACGUAAACAGCGACGUGAUAAAGAAUGUGGUGUUACAAUGACAUUCGAUAUGAAAAAUUCAACAUUUACACGUAGUGGUUCAUUCCGUCAACAAACGAUGACAGAACGUUUAGCAUCAAAUGAACGUGGUAUUGAUAUAUUACCAAAUAAUGGUAUACAAACAGCAACUGUACCACCACAACCAAAACCAUAUAAUCCAUUUGCAAUUGAACGUCCGCAUGCAACACCAUCAAUGUUAGAACGACAAGGAUCAUUUCGUGUAUUAGGCACAAUUGGUAGUCAAUCACCAUUUAAAAGACAAAUGUCAUUACGUAUUAAUGAUCUUCCGUCCAAUGCUGAAAGACAAAAAGCAUUUUUAGAUGCCGGUGGUGGUACAUUAACAACACCAUUACGUAGCGUAUCACCUAUACCAGAAGUAUCACCACAAAAAAAUCAAAUUGAUACAGUUAGUCAAUUAUGCCAAGAAUUAAGUCAAGGUUUAUCAUUAUUAACGCAUAACGAUGAUGAUGAUGAUGAUUUAAAUUUUAAUAACGCAUUGAGCAUUAAUCAAAAUAUAACAUCAAAUACAUUUAUUAAUAAUAAAAUUGGUACAACAACAAGUCCAUAUUCACCUAUAACACCAAUUUCUCCAAAUGGUAUAUUAGGUGGUAUACUAGGUGGUAAUAUUACUCCAACUCCAUCAACAAUAACAACACCUGGUACAAAUAUUAUUGGUGAACGUAUUAUAACAACACCACCAACAGCACAAAUAUCUCCACAAGCUAGAAUAAUGAAUAUUUCACCGCCGGUUGGUGUUAUUUCAAAUGUUACACAACAACAGCAAACAACUACAAUUACAACUAAUACACAAAUUUCAAAUAUGUCACCAAUACAUAAUAUAACAAAAACAAGUACAGCUGCUACAACGACUAUUAUUAAUGCACAACAAGAGCCUAAAGUUGUUCCUAUAGAAGUUGUUGCACCGUUACCUAAUCCAGAUCAAUGGCUUGGUCAAGUUGUUAAAAGUACAUCUCCUGCUCCACCAAUAAAACGUGCACCUAAUAUAGGCAUGACUGGUCGUGCUAAAACAAUAAGUGCAACAACAAUGUCAACAACAGAUCCAUUUGAUGCUGAAUGGGUAGGUGAUGUUACAAAUAAUAAACAACCAAUUACAUCUGAAAUACGUAGUACUAAUCCAUUUAUAUCUCCACCAAAACCACCGGCUCAAACAUUUCAAGUUCAAUUGUAAUUUUAAAUAAUUAAAAUUUCACAACAAUAUUAAGUAAUCUAUUUUUUAAUUAUUUAAAAAUAAAAUUAAUAAGUAAUUAAUAAUAAGUAAAAAAAAAAUUUACAGAACAAAAUAACAACACAGAAUAUUAUUUAAAAUAAAUAUUGAAAAUGAAAACUAAUAAA